CCCUGCCCCCGUAAUCCAGACCCAUCCUACCUGGUUCGUAACCGAGCGGAGCGGAGGAGCCACCAAAUUUCUCCUCUAAUCGUAGUUGCGGCGUGAGAUUGGGCGGGGAGCGCAUGGCGGAGGAGCAGUUCCUCGCCGUCGCGGUCGACGCCGCCAAGAGCGCCGGAGAGAUCAUCCGCAAGGGCUUCUACCAGACCAAGAAUGUGGAGCACAAGGGCCAGGUGGAUUUGGUGACGGAGACGGACAAGGCCUGCGAGGACCUCAUCUUCAACCACCUCCGGAAGCACUAUCCGGACCACAAGUUCAUCGGCGAGGAGACGUCCGCCGCGCUCGGCGCCACCGCCGACCUCACCGCCGACCCGACCUGGAUCGUCGACCCCCUCGAUGGCACCACCAAUUUCGUCCAUGGCUUCCCUUUUGUGUGCGUCUCAAUUGGUCUCACCAUUGGGAAAAUUCCCACUGUCGGAGUGGUGUACAACCCCAUUAUGAAUGAGCUUUUCACAGCAGUUCGUGGAAAAGGUGCGCUCCUCAAUGGUUCACCAAUCAAAACUUCUUCUCAAAACGAGUUGGUGAAGGCCCUUCUGGUAACAGAGGUGGGAACCAAAAGAGAUAAGGCCACUUUGGAUGAUACAACAAACAGAAUCAACAAGUUGCUAUUCAAGAUUAGAUCCAUACGGAUGUGUGGCUCGUUGGCCUUGAACAUGUGUGGAGUUGCCUGUGGUAGGCUUGAUUUGUGUUAUGAGAUUGGAUUUGGUGGCCCCUGGGAUGUGGCUGCUGGAGCUCUGAUUAUUCAGGAAGCUGGUGGUCUUGUUUUUGAUCCGAGUGGUGGAGAGUUCGAUCUGAUGGCACGAAGAAUGGCAGGAUCAAACAGCUAUCUGAAGGAUCAAUUCAUCAAAGAAUUGGGAGACACAAGCUGAACAAGAUGUCCAUCAAUAUGAAGUAGAAUAAGAACAUAAGAUCUCCCUGCCAAUUUUAUUGAGGCACAAUUUUUUUUUAGUUGUUUCUGCAUAAAACAUAACGCUUCUUGCAGAGAAGUUUUCGACGCAGUAUGGCAUCGUAUUAUUUUCAACAUAUUUUAUAUGUGGAUGCGGAUAUGUUUCUCUGUUGAAAGCCAGAGCAAUUAUCCAGACUUAGAUAACUGGUGUAUUGAAGUAGAAUAGAAUACCCAGAAUUUUGAACCAAAA